AUGCCACCUAGGAUUUUCCUAUUCUUCCUCCUCAUAACUCUUGUUCGCGCAGAACCCAGUGUGAUAGACAGUUUAACUAUCCAACUUCCAUCACUUCCAGACGAUGGAGAGCCCCCAAUCCCGCCACCCGUAAAGGAUUCAACAUCGACGUCGACAUCAACAACGACGACUACAACUACCACAACCACAUCAUCACUACCUUCAGUGCUUUCAUCGCAGACUUCACCCCUAAUAGAUUAUUCAGGACAUUCUUCAAAGAAUCCUUCAUGUCCUGGGAUCAUCUGUUUCACUAUGACUCGCCUAAACGGUUCCACCAUCUUUGAUUGUACUACAGAACUACCUCGAGACUCCACAGUGGCUUAUCUACUUGAUUGUAACUACUGGCAACCACCUAGCACUUCUUUAAUCCCAAUCACAGCAAAGUUUUUUAACAACGGUCCUAGGUCUGUUCUCAAUGCUGCCAACCAUGCGGUACCUCUAAGAGUUGUCCUCAAGCCCCGAACGGCAAACCCCAACCUUCGGAUAGCUGCUGACGCUAUGGUACCUGGGGCAUUAUCACGGCUAGUAGAGGCCGUUCGUCAACACGUGAAACCUCAAUCCACCACACCGAUUAAAUUAUCUUUAAUCAUGGUGAAGAUUAAGCGAAUGACGUACGAGGACUUGGCCAGCGUCUUCAUGGUCGCAAAUAUAAGCGGCUUAAUCCUCUGGAAUCCGGAUCACUUAGAGGAAACGAGUUUUUUACAAGAUGCAAACAAAGUAUCUGCAUUUCCAGAGACCUACGUCCGACUGACCUUUUACUGUGAGACGGAGAAUGACUUUCCGGCUUUUGGGCGACUAUGGUUACCGUGGUUGCGAUGGCAAUUGAAAUUUCUGCAGUGUAGAGGUCACUACACUUGCUAUCGAUGGCCACGUGAAGAACGGUUAUGUUGUAAUCCAAAGCGGUGCCCAGAAACUCCCGGAUACGUGGUGACCCAUGCAGAUAAAUUAGCUAAACGAGAUCCUGCAGCUUCUCUUGUCCAUCAGCAACAGGUGCUGGACUUUUAUUCCUGUGAAACAGAGUCCGAUUUGACUAACCCGUUGGUAGAGUUAAAGAAGAGGGAAAAUUGUUGGGCUAUUCCCGGUUAUGGUGUUUUGGACACAACUCUUCGACCUACAGAAUCCACCUCUACGACGACAACUACGUCCACUACGCAGAUUCCUCCUACCGUCACAACGGAGAGUGCGGAUCUACUGAAGUCUACAGCUCCGCCUUCAACAACAAACAUGACUGUACCUCUCCAACCAGCUCUAAAGCAAGCGAUUGCAGAAGAAAGCUCAAUUGACCAAAUAAGAAUGCGGAAUCUGGUUAUUGGAAUAAUUUGUCUACUUCUGCUUAACCUAAUCACAUUCUCCAGCUUUGUGGUUGCUUGUUGUUGGGCUUGGCGGAAGCUCAGUGCUCAACAGAAGUCCACUGAAGUGACUGGAAGUUAUACGGCUAGUGGAACCUACGAAAAGCAAGAUUUAGGCUAUCCAUACUUUGAUGACGACUUUUGGUGGCAGAGGGUUUACAACUACGAUGCAGCAUCUUCUGAAAUGGCGCCGACUCCGUUAUUUGCCCGAAGUGCUAUCCAAAGCUCCUAUGAGCACACCCCAGUAAUGGGUUCUCGCGAUGCCUUGUUGCCUACCUCCUGUACUCCGGUCAGUGUACGUAAUGCAAACGGGCAACCACCCUCGGGACAAAAGUCAAUAAAGGUCACCCGGGUCAAUCAGUCAUCGUUGCGGGGCCACCCACACACCAUCAUCAUUGAAGGGGACGUGAAUGGGGAUGCUCCUUCACCCUCUCACAUCUUUCCCCAGCCUCAUUAUGUUUGA